GUUGUUUCGUUUUGAAGUUACCCACCACAGUCCUCUCAAAUGAGCGAGCCGCAACCAACUCAACCACAAAGCCUACUGAGUAUCGUUGCUCAUUGCGAUAACUUCUCGGUUUCUGAAGAAAAGAUCACCCCAGGGGGUGAAAAACUCGUAUCUUGGCGUCUCACUCCAGAUCUCUCUUCUCCGGUUCUUGGUCUUCUUCGACCUUGUGUGGUAGACCAGCUCAAGCUCGAAUCUUCGAAUGUCUGGAAUUUUUCGCUUUCUGGAACCUCGGAGAGCAUAUCCUUCGCGUCUUCACUUGACACUCCUGCUAAAAGGACUCGUGUGAUGAAAGAGAUGUGCGAGCGAUGGCGAGAUACAGGACUAUGGCCUGACCAGAUUGGACCCAAGAAAUGGCGUGCAGAAAUGUAUCCAAUCUUCCGCAAUCCAUUCGGCAAACGCGAUGCACCACUAGCAGAGGAUGGUGAAGUGGAAACCGGAGACGACUCAACUAACUACGCUUUCAUGAUGGAGAGGGCGGCUUGUGCGCUCGUUGGUGUCGUUACAUAUGGUGUCCAUAUGACCGUAUAUGAAGGCGGACCUGAAGGUGAAUUCAUUGGAAAUGGCGAUGAAUUGCAAGGAUAUAGGAUCUGGGUCCCGAAACGUGCUCGCACGAAACAAACUUGGCCUGGGUACUUGGAUAAUAGUGUUGCUGGUGGUAUACCCUCAGGGCUGGGUAUAUUUGAAUCUGUCGUCAAGGAAGCAAUGGAGGAAGCCAGCAUUCCCGAAUAUAUUGUGCGUAAGCAUGCCAAGGCGACUGGCGUAAUUAGCUAUUUCUAUCGCACUGACGCGGGAUGGUUGCAACCAGAAGUGGAGUAUGUGUACCGGCUUCGAGUACCUCCUCAUGUGCCCUUGCAAUUAAAACCUUCUGAUGAGGAGGUGGAAUCGUUUGAGCUCCUGGAACUUCCAGAGGUUGAAUCCCGAAUUCGUGCAGGCUUAUUCAAACCAAACUGCGCUGUCGUCCUCAUCGACUUCAUGAUCAAUCAUGGACUUAUUACCCCUGAUAAUGAACCCGACUUCCUCGAAAUUGUUACUCGUAUUCAUGGAAGAUUCGACUACGACAGGUGGUGAGUUGGCGCAUUGAGUGUGGCCGCUGGCUCUGGUCGCCUGGUGGCAUAAAUACAAUAGAUCACAACACUAUGGAAUUAACAGCCGGAUAUUUUAUGAGACAGAGAUUUAACGAAAAGCUGACACAGAGAUCAUCAAAGAGAUACAAUGAUUUUCCUAUCUUCCCGAGAAAGUACACAGCGAUGUCACAAUAAACAACAAAAAUAUAGCAAAUUGGAAGUGGUGCAUC